UCCACAGGGAUCAAAGCAGGGCCAUUCUCUGUGGUGUGAUCUGUGCCUGCAGACUAACACUGUUGCUGUCAACUGACUUGCCACUGACUCAGAACUAGGAAGAACAUUCAAUGAGAAUCAGUCUUGAAACAAUCUGGUUGUAGUGCAACAUGGGGAUCAAGUUCUUGGGCCUUCUGAUGGCUUCUGUUUUGAUUGCUUACUAUUUUUACAGUCCCAUUCCAGAGAAUGCUGAAGAUCGUUGGAAGGUGAUGUUGAUUAAUACUCUCUAUAGAACUGUGGGACAUGUGGCUACAAUUGCUGAGAAGCUGGGUUUUGCACACCACAUGGACUUUUUGAAGAUGAUGAUUUCAAAUACGGACUAUACCCCACCACUAUCAGAUGAAAAGGUCAUUGUGGAAGACACCAAAUUCAAUGAUGUUCCAGUUCGCUUGUACAUCCCUAAAGGGAAGCCUGAUUCCUUAAAAAGAGCUGUGAUUUACAUUCAUGGAGGUGGAUGGUGUAUAGGAGCACCAAGCAUGAAAUCUUAUGACCUCCUGUCAAGAAGGACUUCAGAACAGUUAAAUGCUGUGGUCGUAUCAGUCGAUUACAGACUGGCACCUAAAUAUCAUUUCCCAGUUCAGUUUGAAGACUCAUAUGCAGUUGUGAAGUACUUCUUGCAAAGAAAAGUUCUUGAACGAUACAACGUCGAGCCAAGCAGAGUGUGUGUUUCAGGAGACAGUGCAGGAGGAAAUUUAGCUGCGGCUGUGGCACAGCAGCUUCUCCAUGACCCUGAAGUCAAAGUUAAACUCAAGAUCCAAGUUUUAAUUUACCCCGCCCUUCAGACCCUUGAUCUGAAUCUGCCAUCCUAUAAAGAGAAUGCAGACAUGCCAAUUCUGCCUAAGUCCUUAAUGGUCAGAUUCUGGAGUGAAUAUUUUACAACCGAAACGUCUCUAAAAGAAGCAAUGGAGACCAACCAACAUGUUCCUGCAGAGUCGAGUGAUUUGUUUAAGUUUGUAAACUGGAGUAACUGGCUACCUGAAAGGUUUAAAAGGGGCCAUAUUUAUACCACACCAUCUCAUGGAAGUUCCAAGGUUGGGCAGAAAUACCCAGGGUUCCUGGAUCCCAGAGCAGCACCACUCUUGGUUGAUGACGUCAAAUUGCGAGGCUUACCUCUCACAUACAUCGUCACGUGUCAGUACGACGUUUUGCGAGAUGAUGGGAUUAUGUAUGUCUCACGACUUAAGAAGGCAGGAGUUCCAGUGAUACACGAACACGCAGAGGAUACUGUUCAUGGGGCCAUGGCGUUAACUGUGAGCCCAUUCACCCUAACUGCGGGACAGAGGAUAGAAAACAAUUACAUUGAGUGGCUGAAUGAGAACUUAUGAAGGAAACCAGAUGGAUGGAACGACUUCCACUCUGAUUUAUUUAGGCUGUUUUUUCCAGAGAAAGAAAUUACCUUUUCUGUGAAAAAUGUUGAUAUUGAUGGUUGUUGUGGGUUUUCCGGGCUGUAUUGCUGUGGGCAUUGUAGUUCCUGACGUUUCGCCAGCAGCUGUGGCUGGCAAUGUUGAUAUUGUAAUUGUUUGGAAAUUACAGAAUACUUUUCUCCUUC